AUGGUGGGCUACGACCCCGAGGCCAAGUGUGUGUCCACGGUGGAAGCGGCUGCGGCAGGAUCCGGUUUGGUCACUCGGGUCCUUAUCAGCCCCUUGGAUGUGCUCAAGAUCCGUUUUCAGGUACCUCGCUCGGUGCUCGGGGUCGGAAACCCCACAGCCAAGUACCACAGCAUCCUGCAGGCUGUGCAGCGCAUCCUGCGGGAGGAAGGCUUAGUGGCCUUCUGGAAGGGACAUGUUCCUGCUCAGUUCCUCUCAGUUGGCUAUGGAGCUGUUCAGUUCAUGGCGUUUGAAAGUCUGACCAAGCUGGUGCACAACGUCACGUCGUACAACGCGCGCGACUCGGUGGUGCACCUGCUGUGUGGGGGCCUGGCUGCCUGCACGGCCACAGUGGCUGUCCAGCCUGUGGACACGCUGCGCACACGCUUUGCUGCUCAGGGGGAGCCCAAGGUCUAUCACAACCUUCGCCAUGCAGUGGUGACCAUGUACCACACGGAAGGGCCUCGGACUUUCUACAGAGGUUUGACCCCCACACUCGUUGCCAUCUUCCCAUAUGCUGGUCUCCAGUUCUUCUUCUACAACAUCCUGCAGCAGUUUUCAGAAUGGGUGACUCCAGGUGAAGGGAAGAAAGGAGGCAACGUUAAAAACCUUGUUUGUGGCAGCUGUGCUGGAAUCAUCAGCAAAACCCUGACAUACCCUUUGGACGUGGUCAAAAAACGUCUGCAAGUGGGAGGCUUUGAGCACGCUCGGGCAGCCUUUGGGCAGGUACAGACAUACAGGGGUUUCCUGGACUGCAUGAGGCAGAUGAUGCGACAGGAGGGCCCAGGUGGAUUUUUCAAGGGCCUUUCUCCCAGCUUGCUGAAGGCUGCCUCCUCCACUGGCCUCAUCUUCUUUUGGUAUGAGCUGUUCUGCAGCCUCCUGUGCAGCCUGAAGAACCCUGACAGCAGCAGGAGGAAGGAAGGCUGA